AUGCUUGCUACAAUACCUUUUGUGUCCGUAACCGAUGGAAUAACAACAGAAUUUGUUGCUACACAUAAUAAUACCAUUAGUAAUAAACUAUUAUGUUCAUUAUUCGAAACGGAUAUUAUAGGAUUACAAUGUGUUAAUUGUAUCAAUGAUCAUUAUGAUGUUAGUCCAGAAAAACAUUAUAUUUAUAAAAUUACGAAAGUUUAUAAAGGAACAACAUCUAAUGCUGAACUAAAAUUAACUGAAUCAAAUGAUCAAGUUAGUUCUGUAUUUUCAACAAGAGAUAAAAGUCUUACACCAACGAACGAUAUUAAUAGAGCAGAAUUUAAUCAAUUAUUAUCAACAUUUGAUGGAAAGCUUAGAAAUUUAAGUACAAAUUUUGAUGAUAAACUUAAGGAUCUAACAACAAAUAUGGAUGACAACUUCAAUAAUUUAUCAAAUAAACUUAACUUACUUUUUGAACUUGUUCAACCUACUAUUGGACGAGCAAUUGAUCCAUGGGAUAUAACUGCAAGAUCACAAGGUUCAUCUCAUACCAGCUUAUCAAAACAAGUUAUAAGCAAGUUUUAUAAUAUAGAUGAACAUGUGUGUAUGAUUUGUGGUCCAUGUAAUGAUGUUGUAAAUGCUCAUAUAUGGCCAAAACAUACACAUGGUGAAAAUUUAUUAUCAAUAUUAGCUAAAUCACUUGAACUUGCUUUUGAUAAUAAAACAUUAACAAUUAUUAUUGAAAAUGAACAAUUGCUAUUAUAUGUAUUAGAUGAUAUGCUCAAAAAACAACGAGUAUCUCAUACAAGAUAUACAUUUAAAGAUUGCCAUUUAUGGCCAUUAAAAUUUGGAAAUUCAAACCGGCCAUUCUUCAGAAUUUUAGCUGCUCAUUGUAGAAAUUCCUUUAUUGAUGCAUUUCGUUUACAAAAAAUUAAUUAUGAAACAUACAAAUGGGGUUAUCACAGCUCAAUUGUUAUGUUAAAUGCAUCACCUGAUGGAGCAAAAGCUAAAAUUUUUGAUUGGUUUUAA